CAAUUAAAGUUUAAUGAAUUGUUCAGAUGUAAAAUGUGAUGGAAGAAUCCUACCACGUCUGCCAGAUCUGCUCCGACCCGUUCCACACCAAGGCUGGGUUGGAGCUCCAUCUUCUCCAGCACACUUCCACACAGUUCUCACACAAAUGCUCUAUGUGCGAGAAGGUUCUGCGGGAUGAACACACACUAAAAUGUCACGUGAAGACGGUUCAUGGCGAGAAAAUAUUUUCCUGCGAUGUUUGCGGGAAACGAUUUCCGCACCGGGGAGUUCUCAACGCACACAGAAAGACCCACAACAGGCCUCUGUUUACUUGCGAGGUUUGCAACGAAAUCUUUAAGGAUUCAAGUUAUUUCAAGAAACAUGUUAAAUCUCACUCAGGAUCUAGGCCCCAUGUCUGUAAAGUGUGCGGGAAAAGCUAUCUCCAAAACUCUCAUCUAAAAGUUCACAUGUCCCUUCAUGCCAAAGAGAAACCCUUUGAAUGUAAUAUUUGUCAGAAAUCCUUCAGGUUGGCUCGACCCUUUAAAGAGCAUUUAAAUAUGCACAGAAAAGUGAAAAACUUUAAGUGCACAGUUUGUGAAUAUUCUAGUUGUUUCCAUAAAAAUCUCGAAGCUCAUAUGAAGAAUCAUUUAAAGAACGAAAUCUCUAAUCGGAAAGGAAUGAAGAAAAGUAUUGAAGUACCCAGUAAACACGUGGAAAGUAAAAAAUCAAGCUUACUGAACGGAUCACAAGGUUUGAAUGAAUCAUUAGAUUCAAAUUUUUUCGUCGAAAAUAUACCUUCGAGUGUCCCUGGUUCCAGGUUCAAAAUUAAAGCUGUUUCAUCAAGAUCUGAUGGUGGCGAGGAACCUACUCUGGAUCCUAAAUCUAGUCCAGGUUUGGAGCUAGGAGCCCAGGCCGUGAAAACAGGGAUUAGUCUCGGGUUGGAGGAACAAUCUCCCGUUUUUCUUUUCGUCAAUGUUCCGGACGGAGACAAUUCUCUCCGGGAGCAAAUAUUCUCCAUCUCCGACAUAGAUUCCUUAGAGAUGGCUCAGGAGCUCUCAAUAUCAACCCAACCACAAGAUUAUUCAAAUAAAUUUCCUUGUGACGAAUAUCGACCUCUUGACCUUACAGUACUACCACCAGCUAGAUCUAAUCCUAAUAAACUCACGCUUCAACUGAAAAAUGAGGAUACCUUUUUCAAUCAGAACUCCGGAGAAGAUUCUCCUGGUUUCGUGGAAGAUCCAGGAUUUUCAACCCGGACAGAGGAACACUUCCCAGUAUUUUCUCUGCGAGGAGGCGAACCACUUGAAUUUGAACCUAGGUCCGGAGAAAAUUCUCCUGGACUGAACGGAAGAUAUUUGGACUUCAGCGUGGAUAAUUCCGGUAGGAGGAGAUCAGUAUUCCUAGCAGAGCAGUUGGAAUACGAACAUCAAGGAGAGAUGAGGGUUGUGGAUCCAGCAGAGGUUACUGGGUCUCAGCAUGAAGUUACGAGAGAAUUUUAUAAUCAUAUUCCAGAAAAAAUAAAAAAAUCCAUCAAAAUAAGUACGCUAUGUUAAAAUAAUAGAUAUUGUAUUAGUAAAUAAUGAAUACCAAUCAAAUAUGUACUGUCAAUGGUUGUGAAUGAUAUUUUAUUAAAAUCUAUUGUUAUUUGUUGUUUAAUAUUGUUUUUUUUGUUCAUCUUUAUAAUAAUCUAGUCUUAGAUAACUUAUUAUUAUGUAUUU